AUGCAGUUGUACCAGGGGGAGAGCUCGGCUGGGAGCGACGGUUUGGAAAGGGAGGUCAGGAGCCCUCCCUCCACAACAAAAACCCGACCUCUUUGGUUUACUGACGGGAAAAAACCCCAGCUGGUGGCCAGCAAUGACCGUUUCUGCCGCUUUCUUGAGGAAUAUUGCCCUGUUGUGACAGAAACUUACUAUCCCACGAUUUGGUGCUGGGAAGGUCGGGUGCAGACACUCCUGCGUCCGUUUAUCACCUCUAGACCCCAAGUACAGUACAGGAAUGAGCUCAUUAAAACAGCAGAUGGAGGACAGAUUUCGUUGGAUUGGUUUGAUAACAGUGACAGCUUAUAUUAUCCGGAUGCCAGCACAAGACCCACUGUCCUGUUAUUGCCUGGCCUGACAGGAACAAGCAAGGAAUCCUACAUUCUUCAUAUGAUCCAUCAAAGCGAAACGCUGGGAUAUAGAUGCGUGGUUUUUAACAACCGGGGAAUUGCUGGUGAGGAUCUUUUGACACCAAGGACUUACUGUGCAGCUAACACAGAGGAUUUAGAGGCCGUUAUUCAUCAUGUACACAGCUUGCACCCCGCAGCUCCGUUCAUGGCAGCCGGUGUUUCUAUGGGAGGCAUGCUUCUUUUAAAUUACCUGGGCAAAACUGGCAGAGACACUCCUUUAAUGGCAGCUGCAAUUUUCUCUGCGGGUUGGAAUGUUUUUGAAUCUGUAGAAUCUCUGGAGAAGCCACUAAACUGGCUUCUUUUCAACUAUUACUUGACUACUUGUCUACAAUCCUCUAUCAGCAGGCAUCGACAAAUGUUGGAGAAAUUAUUUGAUAUGGAUCUCGUGAUGAAGGCUAGAACUGUUAGAGAAUUUGAUAAGCAGUUCACUUCAGUCAUGUUUGGCUACCGUACAAUUGAUGAUUACUAUGAAGAUGCUAGCCCAUGUCGCAAGCUGAAGUCAGUAGGAAUUCCAGUGUUGUGUCUAAACUCUGUGGAUGAUGUUUUCUCACCAGGUCAUGCUAUACCAGUAGAAACUGCCAAACAAAAUGCAAACGUUGCUUUGGUUCUGACUUCGUGCGGAGGCCAUAUUGGUUUUCUGGAAGGAAUAUGGCCAAGGAAGUGCACUUACAUGGACAGAGUCUUCAAGCAGUUUGUGCAAGCUAUGUUUGAGCAUGGAAACAAAAUCUUUAGCAUGUAGCUUCGGACCAGUAUGAUAGCACAGUGGCACCUUCUGACAAGGGCAGUUAAGCUUAAUGCACAAAUUUUAACUCCUGUAAGCCAGCGAAUGGAUGAAGUCCAUUACUACAUGCAAAAAUAUAUUUUGCCUAAGAUUUUGUAGCAAGAAACUAAAUAUUAUGUUGUCACUUUUAUAUUUAUUUUUAAUGCCUUACUAAGAAUGACCUUAAAUGAAACAGCAUUCUGCAUACAUCAAAUUGCACUUAACCAAAACCAUCAAGUAAACAGAUUAUAAUUCCUCAGGAUUUUAAUUUAAACCAGUACAUAUUUAGGAGACUUAAUAUAGAUGGCUUUUAAUAGUAGAAUGGCAACACUCGAAAUAGCAUAUAUUAUCCUGUCACACAUAGUACAAGGUGGCCCAUUCCUUAGGGCACUGAUGGUGAAAAUCUUAAAAUAUGAAAACAAAAGAAGGAGGGAACACAAAGAAGCACUGGUUCUUCAAAUAAAUAAAAAUUUCAGCAUGUUAUUCCAUAGCAUUAGAUUGAUAUCUGCUUUUGCUGUUCUACCCUGAGAGUAUUCAGAUUUAGGGCUAGUUAUUGUUUUUUAAACUAUGUCAAUGCCAUACUUGUCUUACAUGGUUAUUUUUUAAACAGCUAAUUUAUAGUGUUUACAUAUAACCAAAAGAUUCCUUUAAAACAGUACUGUAAUAACUUAUGGAAUUAAGACAUCUUGCAUUUCAAAGUUCAUGUAAAGCUAGGUGUUGUCAUAGAAUGUAAUACAUACUUCAUAUAACUAGUGAACUCGAUGAUUCUAUCUGUUAUAUUACCCUGCAAGAACAUUUCAGUUUUGAAGAAUAAACAUUAGAACAUCAGGAAAUUAUUAUAUAAUUUAC